UGUAUCUUAAGUUUUCCUAUAAACGACCAGUCAUCCCCACCAACUAUCUACCUGGAAGCUCUGUAAUAGAAGUCACAGGACAGGACACCCCAACCCCAAAUCUUCUCCCCCUUCCAAUAAUCACCCACCAAAACCCCUAAAACCCUAAAUAUAAUGUUCUUCAAAAAACCCACCUCUAAAACCCUAAAAAUCUUAUUCCACUCUUCUCAAAAUCCAAUCUUUUCCCUUAUAAACCAUAAAGCCAAGAACCCACCAUAUACAUACACACAAACCAAGAACUAUGUAGAUGUGUACAUGAAAUGGAAAAAAGAUCAAUACCUUGACACAAUAGAGCACAUACACAAGUCCAUUCAACUUAAACCCAUCAUUUCUUUGAAAAAUGUGAUAGCCCAAAACCCCAAUGGUUGUAUCCCAAUCUCUGACGUGUCAAAGAAAGGCUUGCACUUUGAUGUGAAAAUCAAGGUUGCAAGGUUUUUGAGGCAAUACCCAUCGAUCUUUGAGGAGUUUAGUGGUCCUCAGUAUAAUUUGCCUUGGUUUAGAUUGACCCAAGAAGCUGUUGAGAUUGAUAGAGAAGAGAGAAGGUUGUAUGAGGAUUGUAAAGAGGAUCUGAGAGAGAGGUUAAAGAAGUUUAUUUUGAUGAGCAAACAAAAGGUGUUGCCUUUGAAGGUUAUUCAAGGGAUGUUAUGGUAUUUAGGUUUGCCCGAGGAUUUCUUGGAGUGUUUGGAUAUGAAUCUUGAUGGAUCUUUUAGGGUGGUGGAGAUGGAGGAAGGGUUAAAGGGAUUAGCCGUUGAGAGCAACGAAAGGGUUUUGUCUGUUCUGCAAAGAAAUGCAAUGAAAAAAGGAGUGUAUUCCAAUGAACCAAUGGAGGCAAUUGAGUUUCCACUUUUCCCAUCCAAGGGUGUGAGGCUGAGGAGGAAGAUUGAGGUUUGGUUACGAGAGUUUCAAAAGGUUCCAUAUGUGUCCCCAUAUGAGGAUUAUUCACAUUUGGAUCCUAAUAGUGAUAUUGCUGAGAAAAGGGUUGUUGGGUUUCUUCAUGAGUUGCUCUGUUUGUUCGUUGAGCAUUCUGCAGAAAGGAGGAGACUUUUGUGUCUUAAGAAGUAUUUUGGGUUACCACAGAAGGUUCAUAAAGCAUUUGAAAGGCAUCCCUACAUGUUUUAUCUGUCUUUGAGGAAUAAAACUUGCACUGCUAUUCUUAAGGAGGCUUAUUGUGAUAAAAUGGCCAUUGAGAGACAUCCCAUGUUAAGGAUCAGGAAUAAGUACAUUAACUUGAUGAAGGAAUCACAGGUGAUUCUGAAGAGCAGAAGAGUGAACAAUCCUUAUGUCGAACGUCCAAAACUGGAUUUAGAUUUGGAUUGUGCUGAUGAAGAAGAGUGUGUUGAAAUAGGUAGAUUGUAAAAGAUGAAGUGAAUUAGAGCUGAAAGCUGUAUUCUUGUCGAAUGAUUCUGAUUCACUUCCUUCAGGUACUUGGUCCAUUUAACCUCUUUAAUUACUGGAUUAUUAUACCUGCUUUCUCAAGUGAAUUUCAGCCACGGAUAUGUGCAAACUCUCUAUCGUUGUGUAAAUUUCUUCAUGUAAUUUUGAGAGUAUCACAAAUUUUGAAUA